CUUGUCUAUCCACCCGGGGGAAAAAGAAAAAGCUUACUGCAUUUCUCGAGCUCGGCUGCGGAGGGAUAUAGACUGCCCCCCGGCGCUGCCCUGACUCACGGUCCACUUCGCCGGCAUCCUCGUGGCGCCCUAUCAGUCACCGGCCUCACCAUUUCUCCAACUUCCCGGUGAACGAUUUCCUCCAUAUUGCCGGCGACCACUUCCUUCUUCGCCACUUCACGUUCAAGUCCUCGCCGUCUGACCUCGAGUUGCCUUACUUCUAGUGAAAUGCAUUUAGACUAUGUAGUAUCGGCUGCAGUGUUGCCGGGUACGAGAUUUAGAUUUGGGCUUCUCAAUCUUAAAUGCAGCAGCAGAUCGGUCUGCUCAUAUGUCUCUGAAAAUACAGUCCAAGAGAUCACCACCAUUCUCACCAACAGCAAUGACUGGCAACAUGCCUUGGAAUCUUCUGAUAUACCCAACAAGCUUGGGCCCGAACUCGUGCGCUCUGUGCUCUAUGAAAACAAGGUCUGCGACCCGAAACGCCUUCUCAGUUUCUUCUACUGGUCUGGUUCUGUUAUGUCCAUGCCCCAUAGCUUGCAUUCUUUCUCCACCUUGGCGAUUAUUCUCUGUAAUGCUAAGCUCUUCGCUUUAGCUGACAACAUAAUUGAGCGAAUGAUCAACACGUGUAGGCCAGUUCCUGAAUUAUUGGAUGCUGUUGUUACGAGUUACAGGGACUUUAAGGGGAAUGAUUUGACGGUUUUUGAGGUUCUUAUCAGCGUUUAUAAGAGGAGAGGCCUAUUGGAUGAGGCCUUUACUGUCUUUGUGGGUGCUCAGAGUGAGGGCUUUGUGCUUGGUUUGAUUUGCUGCAAUUCACUGCUGAGGGACUUGUUGAAAUCUGAUAGGGUUGAACUCUUUUGGAAGGUGCAUGGCCACAUGUUGGAAGCUGGGAUUGUCCCUGAUAUUUACACUCACACCAGCUUGAUUAGUGCCCACUGUAAGGUGGGGAAUGUUGCUGCUGCUAAGCAGGUUUUUUCUGAGAUGGCAAAGAAUGGUUGUCAGCCCAAUAUGGUCACUUUCAAUGUUCUGAUAGGAGGGCUUUGUAGAGCUGGAGAUCUAGAUGAUGCUAUGGCCCUUGUGAGCCGAAUGACUGAGCAGGGGUUCUUUCCAGAUACCUUUACCUACAACAUACUUGUUGACGGAUUCUGUAAGCAAAAGAGAUCUGCAGAAGCAAAACUGUUGCUGGACAAGAUGUAUCGUGCUGGUUUAAGUCCUAAUCUGAUCACUUAUACGGCAUUGAUUGAUGGGUUCAUCAAAGAAGGUAACAUAGUAGAGGCUUUUAAAAUGAAAGAUGUGAUGCUUGCCCAUGGAAUAAAGUUGAAUGUUAUAACAUACAAUGCACUUAUCUGCGGGCUAUCCAAGAUUGGGGAUGUUGAGCGGGCCAAUAAUUUGUUGAAGGAGAUGAUUGAGAUGGGAACAAAUCCUGACACCCAGACGUUCAAUUCACUCAUCGAAGGUUACUGCCGAAAACAAAAAUUCUGUGCGACCAAGCAGCUGCUGGCUGAGAUGAAACAGCUAAACUUACAGCCCACACAUUUUACCUAUGGUAUUAUUAUCAACGGUUUGUGCUCAAGUGGGGAGGUCCAUCAUGCUAAUAGUCUUUUGGAGGAGAUGACCUCCAGGGGUUUAAGACCAAACAAUGUUAUCUAUACAACCAUAAUUAAAGGCCUUGUUCAGAAAGGGAUGUUUGAAGAUGCGAGGAACGUUUUAAGGAAAAUGCAACAGGUAGGGGUGCUGCCCGAUGUCUUUUGCUAUAAUUCGCUCAUAAUUGGCCAAUGCAAAGCCAACAUGAUGGAAGAAGCUAAUAUUUCCAUGGCUGAAAUGAUAGAGCGGGGACUGAAGCCAAAUGUAUAUACUUAUGGACCCUUCAUUACUACUUGUAGUAAGUUAGGUAAUAUGAAGGAAGCCAAGAGAUACUUAAAGGAGAUGAUAGGGAAUGGAAUCCCUCCCAGUGAUGUUAUAUGCAGAGCAAUGAUUGAUGGCUACUGCAGAGAAGGGAACGGUGCGGAAGCCUUCUCAACAUUCAGAUGCAUUCUUGAACAAGGUCUAGUCCCAAUCGUGCCGGCAUAUGGGAUGUUGAUUCAGGGUCUCUUGAAGUAUGGAAAUAUGCAAGAAGCAAUGCAGCUCUUUUCCGAACUGCAGGGGAAGGGACAUGUGGCUGAUGUUUACACAUACAGCUCUCUGAUUUCUGGCUUCUGUAAGCUGGGUCAGACUGGAGAUGCUUUCCAACUCCUGGAAGAGAUGAGUCAGAAAGGUGUUGAUCCCAACAUUAUCACUUACAAUGCCUUAAUCAAUGGCCUGUGCAAAUCCGGAGACAUGGAGAGAGCUAGGGGGCUCUUCAAUGGAAUCUCAGCUAAGGGUUUGGCUUGCAACAACGUGACAUAUGCGACAAUGAUAGACGGAUAUUGCAAAUCUGGCAAACUGGUAGAGGCAUUCGGUCUGAUGGAUGAGAUGUUGUUGAAGGGAGUUCCACCUGAUAGCUUUGUCUAUUGUGCCCUUGUCAGUGGGUGCUUCAAAGAAGGCAACAUAGAGAAGGCUUUUUCUUUAUUUAAUGAAAUGGUGAGCAAGGGCCUUGCUUCCACUUCUGCUUUCAAUUCUUUAAUUGAUGGGCUCUGUAAGUCUGGCCAUUCUAUUGAAGCUGACAAGUUGUUGGAUUUCAUGAGCAACAAGCAUAUUGAACCUAAUCAUGUGACCUACACAAUUCUCAUUGAUUAUUUAUGCAAGGGAGGGAUGGUUUGUGAAGCAGAAAAACUCUUUGAGUGUAUGCAGAAGCGGAAUCUUGCACCAAAUCUUUUGACUUACACUGCUCUAAUGAAUGGUCAGAAGAGGACAGGAAAUAAAGUCAAAAUUUUUACUCUUUUUGAGGAGAUGGUGAGGAGGGGAAUUGAGCCUGAUGAGAUUGCUUAUGAGAUAAUCAUUGAUGCAUACUGCAGCGAAGAUAACGUUAUAAAGGUUAUCGAGAUGGUGGACGAAAUGCUGGUGAAGCGCUUGAUCUUAAGUGAACAUGUCUAUGAUUCCCUCAUGUCUGCAUUAUCAGGAAAGCCACUUGCAGAAACCCUUGAGAUGCUUAAUGAAAUAGCUGAAAACAGGACAGUGCUGAAUGCAGCUACAUAUAGCACAAUGAUCCGUAGUUUUGUCAAAGCAGGAAAUGUGGUGAAUGCAGAAAAAGUACUGGAGAAUAUGGUCAAGCUUGGGUUGCUUCCAGUCUCCACAGGCCUAAAUGACUUUCUAGAUGGAAAUUUGAAUGGAAUUGAUGUUAGUGCAAGUAGUCCCAUCAAAACGCCUAAGGAAGGAAUGGUGCAAGUUGCAUCUGUGAAUAUUUGAUGGCUUGAGUUACAUCCUGAAGCAGGAGGAUUUUCCGUGGUCAACUCAUGUCAAUUGUGGUCUCAUCACAUUUUUUAUAACCAUCAGAAUCUCUAUCUCCCCCAUUGAGUUAUAAGAAGUCGGGGUUUCUCUAUGUGCCUAUGAAAUUACUUAUUUGUUGGAUAUAUUCAAUUUAAGACCUGCUGUCUCGAUUCCUCUUCAAGGAGAACCCCCUCUAAGUUCCAGCCUAAACCAGACGCAGCUAGGUCAAAAUAAGCUGAAUGAGGGGCAGGUAGUGGUGGACAACACGAAUGAAAAUAUUUGUCAUCUUGAUCACUGCAGUGUGCAGAGAAAUGGGGAGCAAGUGGACCAAAAGCAGGUUCCUACAUUGUAAGAAUUUGACCUUGGGAUGGCCUGCGUGAUCAAACUGCAGAGCAUAAUAUCUUACUUAAGUGGUUAUGAAGAUCAAGAGGGGGCAGAAAAUGAGGCAGAGUUAUAUCAGAGGGCGUAAUCUACAGUUGUGGAGCCGUGCUGCUUGACCUGUUGAGGGGAGAACAUAUUCCUGUGAGCCAUGUAUGGAUGCAGUUCUCUUACUCCCAAUUUAUCAAUUUCCACAUCUGUAAAAGAUUCAAAUUUGAACCAUGCUAUUUCGAGAAAUGAACUAAUCCAGUGAUCAGUAUUCUAACAUUUUCUUGUGUCUAAUCCCUUGCUGGUGUGUUAUGUAUGGAUAAAAGUCCAGUCAAUCUACUCACUUGAUAAUGAACAA